CGACUGUCUACCUUGAAUGGAGGCAAGAUUGGAGUUUGACUCCAAGUGUAUUCCGUCCCUCUCUCCCCUGACUUCAGGAAGUUAAAGGGACAGGGACGUCUCCCAAGCUAAGUGGUGGUGGCAGGUGCAAGGUUUGGAAGGACCGCUCCUAAAAUGGCUUUGACUUUACAGAAUGUUCAGUCCGGCAGCAGUUCAUCUUUUGGGAUUUGCUAGCAAAGAGGGAGGCCCAUUGUUCUACUGCAGACUUGAGAGGUUCUCACUCUUCCUGGGCCCCUUCUGCCUAUAGAAUAAUUAGAAUGAUAAGGCUGUUUAGAUCUACUCUCCCCUUCUUGGAAUGACCCUUGAAAGGACCUCCAACUCAUCCUUCUGUUGCUGGGCAAAAUUGUAAUAGCUUUGAUAGCGACCUACCAAACAUUAGAACAGAAACCGAAUUACAGACAUGCUUUUGAAUUUAGAAUGCCCAUAGUCCUCUGCUUGAGGGAAGAAAUGAAUGAUCUUUGAAAUGGAACAUUGCUCUGCUUGAGGGAAGAAAUGAAUGAUCUUUGAAAUGGAACAUUGCUUGCUAGAUAUUCAGGUGUUCUCUACUUUUGUUUGUUUGUUUGUUUUUUUCAAGACAGGGUUUCUCGCUGUAUCUCUGGCUGUUCUGCAACUCUCUCUGUAUACCAGGCUGGCCUUAAACUCAGAGACCCGCCUGCUUCUUCCUCCCAAGUGCUAGGAUUAAAGUCGUGUACCACCACGGCUGGGCUACAUUUUUUUUUUUUUAUCUUAAUACUUCAUUUGCAAGGUUAAUACAGUAUUUUCAUGGAAAGACUGGGGUCAGAGUAACAUCUGUGUUAUUGUAGGGCAAAGAAUGCCAUUUCUCCCAAACAGCAGCUCUACAGUUUGUCUUUGUGCGGGAGGGAUUUUAGUUGAUCCAUUUUUGACUGUUUUUUUUCUGGAGGUGAGGGCCGAACCCAGGGCCUUGCGCUUGGCUACCACUGAGCUAAAACCUCAACCCCCCAUUUUUGACUUUUUAAAACAACCCAGCACAUUUGAAGUUACUCAAGUGUUUAUGGUGUGAGUUGACGUAGAUAGAAGGAAUGGAAAGUGGAAACAUUGUUUUCUUUACUUGUAACAUCAUGGUAGUUAGCAGCCCCAAGACUCUGUGUGACCAGACACUGAGAAUCCUACCCUUGGAGGAUGUCUGCUCUUCUGUUCCAUUAGGUCUGUCUGCAGUUGAAACUUAGACCUUCUUGGCAGUGAUACAACACGGGCUUCACAGUAACAAAAUCCUUGCUUUGAGGAAAGUGACUGGGUACUGGCUGGGGCAGGAAGUUACUGUGAUCCUGUGGUCCUGUGGAAACAGUUCAACUGAUCACUGCCUGAUAAGGUAAGAUCAAGUCGGGGAUGCUCUCAUAAUGAAUGUCAACCAAUCAGCUCCACCUGUUCCACCAUUUGGGCAGAACCAGCCCAUCUACCCAGGGUAUCAUCAGUCCAGUUAUGGUGGGCAACCAGGACCUGCAGUACCUGCUGCUCCUUAUGGGGCCUACAAUGGCCCAGUGCCAGGCUAUCAGCAGACACCUCUCCAAGGUGUGCCGAGAGCCCCACCUUCCUCAGGGGCACCCCCAGCUUCAACAGCACAGGCCCCCUGUGGUCAGACGCCAUAUGGCCAAUUUGGUCAAGGUGAUAUACAGAAUGGGCCAAGCUCCGCAGCUCAGAUGCAAAGGCUCCCGGCAGCGGCGUCGGCGUCUCAGCAGUUUGGGUCCCCAUUGGCCCCUGUGGUCAGCCAGCCAGCUGUGCUUCAGCCCUAUGGCCCUCCCCCGACAAGUGCACAGGUGACCGCACAGCUCGCCGGAAUGCAGAUCAGUGGUGCUGCGUCCCAAGCCCCUCCCUCUUCUGGGUUGGGCUAUGGUCCACCAACAUCAUUGGCCUCAGCCUCAGGAAGUUUCCCUAAUUCUGGUCCCUAUGGCUCCUAUCCUCAGAGCCAGGCUCCUUCCCUUAGCCAGGCUCAAGGUCAUCCUGGAGUCCAGCCUCCUCUGCGAUCUGCCCCACCACUGGCUUCCAGCUUCACAUCCCCAGCUUCAGGUGGUCCUCGGAUGCCUUCCAUGACUGGCCCACUCCCGCCUGGACAGGGCUUUGGGAGUCUCCCAGUGAACCAGCCCAACCACGUGUCCUCGCCUCCUGCUCAUGCUCUGCCCCCAGGCACCCAGAUGACUGGGCCCCCAGUACCACCACCGCCUAUGCACUCCCCUCAGCAGCCGGGCUAUCAGCUGCAGCAAAAUGGUUCCUUUGGACCAGCCCGAGGCCCUCAGCCUAAUUAUGAGAGCCCAUACCCUGGAGCGUCUACCUUUGGCAGUCAGCCUGGGCCUCCUCAGCCACUGCCUCCUAAGCGCCUGGACCCUGAUGCCAUCCCCAGCCCUCAACUUAAUGAGCUGCCUCCUCAGCAGAAAACCAGGCACAGAAUAGACCCUGAUGCCAUUCCUAGUCCAAUUCAGGUCAUUGAAGAUGAUAGGAACAACCGGGGUUCAGAGCCAUUUGUGACUGGUGUACGGGGACAGGUGCCACCCUUAGUCACCACCAACUUCCUGGUGAAAGACCAAGGGAAUGCAAGUCCCCGGUACAUUCGAUGCACGUCUUAUAAUAUCCCUUGCACAUCUGACAUGGCUAAGCAGGCUCAGGUGCCUCUGGCGGCUGUCAUCAAGCCACUGGCUAGGCUGCCCCCAGAGGAGGCUUCACCGUAUGUUGUGGACCAUGGUGAAUCUGGUCCUCUGCGCUGUAAUCGCUGCAAAGCAUACAUGUGCCCUCUCAUGACAUUCAUCGAGGGAGGGAGGCGCUUCCAGUGCUCCUUUUGCAGCUGUAUCAAUGAUGUUCCCCCCCAGUAUUUUCAACAUCUGGAUCAUACCGGCAAACGUGUGGAUGCUUAUGACCGUCCUGAGCUGUCCCUGGGCUCCUAUGAAUUCUUGGCCACUGUAGAUUACUGCAAGAACAAUAAGUUCCCCAGUCCGCCUGCCUUCAUCUUUAUGAUUGAUGUCUCCUACAACGCCAUCAGGACUGGUCUUGUUCGGCUCCUCUGUGAGGAGCUCAAGUCACUCUUAGACUACCUGCCGAGGGAGGGUGGAGCCGAAGAGUCAGCAAUCCGAGUUGGCUUUGUCACCUACAAUAAAGUGCUCCACUUCUACAAUGUGAAGAGCUCCUUGGCUCAGCCACAGAUGAUGGUUGUAUCUGAUGUGGCUGACAUGUUUGUGCCACUGCUGGAUGGCUUCCUGGUCAACGUCAAUGAGUCCCGGGCAGUUAUCACCAGCUUACUGGAUCAGAUCCCAGAAAUGUUUGCGGAUACAAGAGAGACAGAGACAGUAUUUGCCCCGGUUAUCCAGGCUGGGAUGGAAGCUCUGAAGGCUGCCGAGUGUGCGGGAAAGCUGUUUGUGUUCCACACGUCCUUGCCCAUUGCAGAGGCCCCAGGGAAGCUGAAGAAUAGAGAUGACAGGAAGUUGAUCAACACAGACAAGGAGAAGACUUUGUUCCAGCCUCAGACAGGUACCUAUCAGACUCUGGCCAAAGACUGUGUGGCCCAAGGCUGCUGUGUGGACCUCUUCCUCUUCCCUAACCAAUAUGUGGAUGUGGCUACACUCUCUGUUGUUCCCCAGCUCACUGGAGGCUCUGUCUACAAAUAUGCCUGCUUUCAGGUGGAGAAUGACCAGGAACGGUUCUUGAGUGACCUGCGGCGGGAUGUACAGAAGGUGGUUGGCUUUGAUGCUGUGAUGCGGGUUCGGACAAGCACUGGUAUCCGUGCUGUAGAUUUCUUUGGAGCUUUCUACAUGAGCAACACAACCGAUGUGGAGUUGGCUGGACUGGAUGAGGACAAGACAGUGACUGUGGAGUUCAAGCAUGAUGACCGGCUCAAUGAAGAGAGUGGAGCCCUCCUGCAGUGUGCCCUGCUUUAUACCAGCUGUGCAGGGCAGCGUCGGCUCCGCAUCCACAACCUGGCCCUAAACUGCUGCGCCCAGUUGGCUGAUCUCUAUCGGAACUGUGAGACUGACACGCUCAUCAACUACAUGGCCAAGUUUGCAUAUCGGGGUGUUCUGAAUAGCCCUGUGAAGACUGUCCGAGACACGCUCAUCACCCAGUGUGCUCAGAUCCUGGCCUGUUACAGAAAGAACUGUGCCAGCCCUUCCUCUGCAGGACAGCUGAUCCUUCCCGAGUGUAUGAAGCUCCUCCCGGUUUACCUGAACUGUGUAUUGAAGAGUGAUGUCCUGCAGCCGGGAGCUGAGGUCACUACCGAUGACCGCGCCUACGUCCGACAGCUGGUGUCCUGCAUGGAUGUAGCUGAGACCAAUGUCUUCUUCUACCCUCGGCUCCUACCACUGACAAAGUCUCCCAUGGACAGUACCACUGAACCACCAGCAGUUCGAGCGUCUGAAGAGCGUUUAAGCAGUGGCGAUAUAUAUUUGCUGGAAAACGGGCUCAACCUCUUUGUCUGGGUGGGGGCAAGUGUCCAACAAGGUGUUGUCCAGAGCCUUUUCAACGUCUCCUCCUUCAGUCAGAUCACCAGUGGCUUGAGUGUUCUGCCAGUUCUUGAUAAUCCACUGUCCAAGAAGGUUCGAGGCCUCAUUGAUAGCUUACGGGCACAGAGAAUGCGGUACAUGAAGCUUAUCGUGGUGAAACAGGAAGACAAGUUGGAGAUGCUGUUCAAGCACUUCCUGGUGGAAGACAAGAGCCUAAGUGGAGGUGCAUCCUAUGUGGACUUUCUGUGUCAUAUGCACAAGGAGAUUCGGCAGCUACUGAGCUAAAGCAAGUGGGUAAAUGGUAUAGGGUCCCAGGCCAGCUUCCAGAAAGUACCCCAGGAUGGCAGAGAAAAUUGGGACAGUUCCCUAUUUUAUGAGUCAUGUAAGCUGACCUCAGUCUCUUUAGGGGGGAGGGCAAGAUAUAAGGAGACACCUUCUUUCUGGGCUCAAAUAUCCUACCACUCUGUCAUGUCCUGCUGAUGGAAGGUGCCCUGGUCCCUUCCUCUACCCUCUCUCCUGCUAAUCCUGUUGUAAUGAAUGUAGUUUAUCAGUUCACUGUAUAUGAUCCGGUGUUGGGGGUUUGGAGGCAGCGAGACUCUGGGCGUCCCUUUGGACCAGCCUCCAAGAGGAAGGGGGCAGGCAAGGAGUGGGAAUCCCAGGACUAUUACAGGAGGUGGCAAAUUCAGCUCCGUGUCAUCAACAACUUCCUAUAUUAGGGAUAAAAUAUACAGGUGCACAAGAGCUGGGGUACAGACUGUAAGUGGUAGAGAGUAAAGUAGUUGGUCCUUUGGGGGCCUGGUGGUUACUGAGGAUGGAUGACUAGUCUCUCUACUUCCAUUGUGCGUGCUCUCUCCCCCUGCUAUGAUUGGUGAGCACUUCGUGGACAGAAGCACAUAGCUAGAGAUGAAUGAACCUGGGGACUGAAUGCAAAGCAUUAACACCUUGGGGAGGUAGCAGCUUCCUUUCCAGCCGGAGAAGCCCCAAUACUGAAUGGUUCUGUAGAGAGCCUGAUGGUCAACUUGCAAUACCUCACAGAGUCAGCCCACAUCCCACUCAGCUCCCACCAGAAAUACAGCUUAAGCCGGGCGUUGCUGGGGAGAGGCAGAGAUAGCUGGAGCCCUCCCUGUCUUCCUGUGCCAGGACUUUCCCGGGCUUUGGUCUUGACUGAGUGGCUGACCGUUAUCUUUCAACUCCAAUUGGCUGGGGCAGGACAAGGGCUAGGAUUGAUGGUGGUCAGGCUUGCCUGCUCCCAGCCCGGGAUGCCCCUGCUCUGGACUUUUCAUUUCUCUUCAUUGGUUUAUUUUUCAAUGCAUCUUUAAUUUGUAAAGAAAUAAAAUAAGAUGUAACCAG